AUGGGCAAACGAUCGAAGAAGGCCGAUCCCUCAAAACCUCUCAAAACGCCCAUCGCGCCAUGGAUCUAUGUCUUUGACGCUACACCUGGUGCUCCCUACCUGCAUACACUGCAGGCUAGACUCCCCUCGGUCGUUUGUUUCGAUCUGGGAGGUCAUUCUCCUGGGGAUUCAUCCUUGGUCCCUACCGCGAGAGUGGUCGCUCAAAUUCUUCUUGGGAAGCAUGAUGAGCAGAUUGUUCUCGUUCGUGGGAGUGAGGGAACAUUGAAAGAACGGGCCCGCACAGCCAAUGCCCUCCAUACAGCUGCUAUCAAACACGACUGUAACUUUGCCAGCGUGAACAUUUCGGCUGUGGACGACGAGACCACCAAGCAGGGCAGUCAGGUGCAGUGGGGUACGAAUCAUCUUGAAGUCAGGGCUGAAGAUGUCGAAGCUACAACCGAGAAGAUCUUCAAAUGGCUAUUCACUGCCUUCACUGUGCACGAAACGAUCCACUUGAUCGAUCCUGAAGAGCUCAAGGUCACCGAUCCCCGAAGCUUUCCUGGCUCCGAGUACUGCCCAGUUGCCGAGCACAAACUUCGACCGCGAGACGCAAAGGUCCAUUUUGUGGCCAUUAUCCUCUCACGGCCUGUUCUAGGUGCAGAUCAGAGGCUGACCUGGACGGUCGCAGAUAAGUCUGGUGUGGCGAAUUUCUACUUCCAAUAUCGAGGAGAGCACAGUAAAUACACAUGGGACUGGGUUCAAUCACUCAAACCUGGCGAACGCACAAUUCUCCCCCGGGCGAAAUCGGUUGAAGUGAAAGAAGCCAAGGGCGUGCAGGUCGUCAAAGCCCCUUUCCGUGGGAUUGGGCUUGCCUUUACAGGAGUAGGCCUCACUGUACAAGCCAUUGGCCAUGGACUUGGGAAAGUCGGCCACGCAUUCAGAAUGGGCCAUUCCCGCAAGUGGGUCUCCGAAGGAGACUUGGUCGAUGGCAAGGAGGUCAACUGGAAACAAGUCUUUGCAGAAGAGGAGGCUCGCCUGAAAAACUCCGUUACUCGGGUCAAGCCCAACACUAGUUAUCGUCCCAUCAAAGUCUUCGACGAGAAAGGACGCAAGACCUGGGUGGAAGAGGACGAGACUGCCAGCACACAAGCUGAUAGUGCCAGCGUCAAGUGGGAGAAGGAGUUUUGCUGA